GCUUGAAGAAGAUAAAAGAUAAGAUGUCCUUACAAAUACCUGAAGAAUAUAAACAUAGAUUUUUCAUGUUUACUUUUACAUACAAGAGAAGGGCGUAUAGAGAGCAUGUCCACACAUUUCUACGGGCAGCUAGUGGAUCGGUGCUGGAACGAAGACUUACUAGUUGACUACUCCAAUCAUUAUCAGUGGUGGGUCUCUAAUUACUGCUAAUCUCAGUGCCAUUUGCCCAACUUCAUACAUAUUAUACACACCUCUGCUCGCCAUAUAUCAAAGCAAGCCGUUACCGUUCUCUUUCUUAUCCCCUGCAAAACUAACUACAACCCAUUUCAAAUGUCUAAACUACCUCUUUCAUUUCUGAACCUCUUUUUAUUUUUGCUCCUAACGGCUAUACCCUCCUCUGUAAUUUCACAAAAUGUCGACACAGAGAAGGCCAUCCUCUUGAAGCUCAAGCGAGAACUGGGAAAUCCACCCUUACUCCAGUCCUGGAACUCCUCAUCCUUGCCUUGCAAUUGGACGGGGAUUUCCUGCACUGACGGCAAGGUUAGCGGACUUGUUCUCAGUAACAUGAACAUCACAGCAACAAUCCCUGCAACAAUCUGUGACCUCAGAAAUCUCACCGUUCUUGACUUGUCCUACAACUACAUCACCGACGGAUUUCCAAGAGUUCUGUACAAUUGCUCAAAGCUACAAAGAUUGGACCUUUCUCAAAAUUAUUUCGUGGGUCCAAUCCCUGAUGAUAUUGAUCAAUGGCUUUCAACUCUCAAGGACUUAAACCUUGCGGCAAAUAACUUCUCCGGUGACAUUCCACCUGCGAUAGGUAACCUGACGGAGUUGCAGUCCUUGUAUCUGAAUAAUAACCAGUUCCAUGGGACGUUUCCUAAGGAGAUUGGUAACUUGGCCAAUCUAGUACUAUUAGGAUUGGCCUACAAUGGGUUUGUGCCAUCAAAAAUUCCAGUGGAGUUUGGUAAGCUAAGCAAGUUGACGUUCAUGUGGAUUACAGAUGCCAAUUUGAUUGGUCCCAUCCCGGACAGUUUUGCCAGUCUUUCAAGUCUUGUGCAAUUGGAUUUGGCAAUAAACAAUCUGGAGGGCAGUAUUCCUGGUGGGUUGUUUUUGUUGAAGAAUCUGACCUAUCUGUAUCUGUAUCACAAUAAAUUGUCUGGAGAGAUUCCCCAGAAAGUGGAAGCAUUGAAUUUGGUUGAAAUUGAUUUUGGUACGAACAGCUUAAAUGGCUCGAUACCGGAAGACUUUGGCAAGUUAAAGAACCUGCAACUUCUCAAUCUGUAUUCCAAUAAGUUAUCUGGUGAAAUACCCUCAAGUAUAGGCCGCAUUUCUACACUGAAAACUUUCAAGGUUUUCACCAACAACUUGAGCGGAGUCCUGCCACCAGAAAUAGGCCUUCAUUCGAAGCUCGAAUUUUUUGAGGUUUCAACCAAUCAUUUCAGUGGCCAACUACCAGAAAAUCUCUGUGCUGGAGGUGUUUUGCUAGGUGUUGUUGCUUUUUCAAACAAUCUCACAGGAGAGGUGCCUCAGUCGCUUGGAAAAUGUGAUGCUUUGCUCACUGUUCAGCUUUACAACAACAACUUUUAUGGUGAGAUACCUUCAGGUAUUUGGACAGCCAUAAAUAUGACAUACUUGAUGCUAAGUGAUAAUUCAUUUUCGGGUGAACUUCCAAGGUCGCUGGCUUGGAAUUUGUCCAGAUUGGAGAUUAGCAAUAACAAAUUUUCUGGUCCAAUUCCUACUGGAAUUUCUAGUUGGGUGAAUUUGAUUUUUUUUGAUGCAAGAAACAAUCUGUUUUCAGGCGAAAUUCCAGUGGAAUUGACUAGUCUGUCUCAUCUUACUACUCUUUUGCUUGAUGGAAAUCAACUUUCUGGCCAACUUCCAUCCAAUAUAAUCUCCUGGAGGUCAUUGGUAACUCUAAAUCUCUCAAGAAAUGCACUUUCAGGUCAAAUCCCAGCAGUGAUAGGGUCUUUACCUGACCUGCUUGAUUUGGACUUAUCUGAAAACCAUUUCUCCGGGGAAAUCCCAUCCAAGUUAGGCCAACUGCAGCUUGUAUCCCUCAACUUGUCCUCCAAUCAACUUUCUGGGCAAAUCCCUGAUCAAUUUGAUAACCUUGCUUAUGAGAACAGCUUUCUGAACAAUUCCAAUCUCUGUGCUGUUAAUCCAGUUCUUAACCUUCCAAAUUGCUAUAUCAGACCUAGAAGAAGUUCCAACAAACUGUCCUCUAAAGUUCUUGUCAUGGUCCUUGUUCUUGCCAUAACUAUCUUCAUAGUUACUACCAUAUUAACCUUGGUUGCGGUUAGAGACUAUAUGAGAAAGAAGCAUAAACAUGAUAUGGCAUCAUGGAAGCUGACCUCAUUUCAGAAAGUGGAUUUCACACAAGCAAACAUUUUGUCGAGUUUGACAGAAAAUAACCUGAUUGGAAGUGGAGGGUCAGGGCAGAUAUACCGCAUUUCUGUUAACCGUGCAGGAGAAUUUGUUGCUGUCAAGAGGAUUUGGAAUGUCAGAAAAUUAGAUGAGAAGCUAGAGAAAGAAUUUGUGGCAGAGGUUGAAAUCCUUGGCACAAUUAGGCACUCAAAUAUAGUGAAGUUAUUGUGUUGCAUUUCAAAAGAGGACUCGAAGCUUCUUGUUUAUGAGUAUAUGGAGAAUCAAAGCCUGGAUAGAUGGCUUCACGGAAAGAACAGAAGAUCAUCAUCAGGGACAAACUCAGUCCAUCAUGUUUCCUUGGAUUGGCCUAGAAGGAUGCAGAUUGCCGUUGGAGCUGCACAAGGACUAUGUUAUAUGCACCAUGGCUGCUCCCCACCUAUCAUUCAUCGAGAUGUCAAAUCUAGUAAUAUCUUGUUGGAUUCUGAAUUCCAGGCGAGAAUUGCAGAUUUUGGACUUGCCAAAAUGUUGGCUAAGCAAGGAGAGGCUCACACGAUGUCUGCUGUAGCAGGCUCUUUUGGUUAUAUUGCGCCAGAGUAUGCUUAUACAACAAAAGUGAAUGAGAAGAUCGAUGUUUAUAGCUUUGGAGUUGUUCUCCUGGAACUAGUGACAGGAAGAGAACCUAAUAUUGGGGAUGAGAAUACCAGCCUUGCAGAAUGGGCUUGGAGGCGAAAUGCAGAGGGAAAGCCUAUUGUUGAUUGCCUCGAUGAGGAAAUCGUGGAUCCGUGUUAUCUAGAAGAAAUGACCACUGUUUUCAAGCUAGGACUCAUUUGUACCAGCACAGCACCAUCCUCAAGGCCUUCUAUGAAGGAUGUUGUACAGAUGCUACGCAAAAGUUGUCUGAAGAAUAAUGGAGAAAAGUUGGGAAGCGAGUUUGAUGUUGCUCCCCUUCUUGGCAAUGCUGCUUAUCUUUCUAGUCACAAGCGAAGUAAGAGAGUAUCAGAUGAUGAAUAUGACAGUAGCCUUUACAGUGUAUGAUGUAUUAUAAUAAUUUUUCCUGUCUUUCUAGCUUGUAUCACAUACUGUAGUCAUGAAAAUAAUCCAUGGGAAGCUAGUUUUGCAGUCAAUUUCUUACAAUGAAAUGGCCAUGUUUAGGUGCUCUUUGUUUUUCAAA